GCUACUUCGACCCGGAGUCCUCCCUCCUCCGGGAGGAGUACCGCCGCUACAGAAAGAGACUAUCUUCUUCAAAUGACUCCCCAAUGUUGGGGACCUCAGUCUCCAGAUUCUCGGAAGCAAGGGCGUUGCAUGAUGGAAGCAGCAUACCUAGGCGGCCCAAUGCUGGUCUACUACUUAAAGAUGUCAAGAAGGAGGCUGCUGAUUAUUCCGACAUUGAUGGCUUGAAUGGGCCGAAACUGUUUGGAUCUGCAAAAAGGACAUCGCUGGAUGGUGGUUCAGGUAGGAGGGCGGCAAGAUUAGCGUUGAAUCUGGUCAAGCUGGAGGACGAUAUGCCACGAGAAGGAGAAACACCUUCUACAACGUUUGCAUCCCUUCUUGAUUCAGCGAUACAAGGAUUGAUGCCCUUCCCGGACAUGAUUUUACAAUUUGAGAGGACAUGUAGAAACGCUUCAGAGUCACUAAGGUUUUAUAUUGCCUUACACUAGUAAUAAUGCUCCAUUAUAUGACUUCAUAUGAUUGGCAUAUUCUACUGCUGACCAAUUCUUGGA